GUGAGUUUGUUUAUUAAAUACAACUUCAUUCUGCUGAUGCCAUUGCAGCUUCUUCUUGCUUGCUUUGAGAGAGAGAGAGAGAGAGAGAGAGAGAGAGAGAGAGAGCGAGAGCGCGAGAGCGAUGGGCAGCAAGUGCAACAGAAAAACAACAGGAGGGGUUUCAGUGCCUGUAGGGUUCAGAUUCCAUCCCACCGAAGAGGAACUGGUGAACCACUACUUGAGGAAGAAGAAACAGGAUAAAGAUUUUAAAGUUAACCACAUCAUCCCUGAAAUUGCUUUCUGCAAGCACGAGCCUUGUGAUUUACCUGGGCUCUUGUUCACAGAGCCAGACUCUCCAUAUCAUGAUAUGGAGUGGUUCUUCUUCAGCCUAAAGGAUUACAAAUACAGCAACAGCAAUCGCUCCAACAGGGCCACGCCGAAAGGCUACUGGAAAAUCACAGGCAAGGAACGUGUGAUCAGGGCUCGAGGGUCCAAAUUUGUCAUUGGGAGGAAGAGGACCUUGACCUUCUAUGAAGGUCGUGUGCCUAAAUCGAAGAAGACCAACUGGGUCAUGCACGAGUAUUAUCUCAUUGAAGAUGAAGCCAAUUCUAAUCCUAAGCUGGCAAAGAGGGAUUUUGUUCUCUGUCGCUUGAAGAAAAAACUAGAUAAGAAGGAUACUUCAAUCUGUGCUGAGGGUGAACCUAGCAACUGCAAUUUGUCUAAUUGUGAAGAUCAAGUUGCAGCUGUUGUGACUCCAGAGUCACAGGAUCACAGCCCCUCCACACUGCAAUCACCAGCAAGCAUAGAGCUGGGAGAUGUUCUGCAAGCCAAUGACAUUAAUGAAGACUGUAAUGAAAUGCAAUCUCCAUUUGGAGAUAAUGAGUAUCAUGUUACUGAUAACAAUGAUAUUUCAACCUGUGAUGAAGGUGAACCGCAUGGCUUCACCAUGUCUGAUUUCAAAAAUGAAGUCGCAGAUGAUAUGUCGCGAGAGCUAUAUGCUCAGCAAGAAAGAAACUUGGAUCCAACAUAUACAGAACUGGAAGGUUUUAUGUAUAUUGAUGCCUCUGGUUUUGAAAAUCAAGCUGGAGAGCAAUGUGCUCAGCCAGACAAAAACCUGGAUCCAUGCUUUCAUCCACCUCAGCCACAUGAUUACUGCUCCUCCACACUGCAGUCACCAAUAUACACUGAACUGGGAAGUGUCCCACAUGCCAAUGUUUAUAACGAUCAAUGGCAGUCUACAUAUGAUGGCAAUGGACAAGUUAGAAACACCAUUGCUAAUUUUGAAAAUCAAACUACAUAUGAAAGGAUUUCAGAGGAAUAUCCUCAACAAGAAGAGAAUCUGGAAUUAAUCUUUCAUGCACCUCAGCUACAGGAUUACACACUGCAGCUACAGGAUUACACACUGCAGCCACUAAUGAAUACAGAAGUGGGAGAUGUUUUGCAUGACAAUAACUAUAUUGAAUGCAAUGAGCUUCAAUCUCCAGUUUGGAGUUGAUGACUCUUUUCCCACAAAGUUCUUGAAUAAAGUUAUUGCUAACUAGGAUUAUUACUACUAUGAUGAAACAGAAGAAUGUCAAAAGAGGCCUUGUGAAAUAGGCAUAGAAGGCGCAGCUGGGAUGAAUUGGAAGGGUUCGUUCUUUCAUUUUCCCCGAAGCAUCUCCCUGAAGUCGUAGAUCUAGCCUUAUAGCAACCAAGUUGUAGUUCUAGCCUUAGCAAAUCUUUUGUUAUGCAGUUUCUAUUCUGGAAGUGGCGCAGUCUAGGAGCUGCUACAUGACUGCUGGAAUCUCAGUCCAUGUAUUAGACUAGUAUUACAGCCAUCUACCACCAAAUAUUGUAUCCAUUUUUCUUUUCAAUUGUAUUUUUGUGAGUGUUGUAUUGCGUAUC